UGCGACUUGCAGGAAAAGCGGCGCGCAACCAACCGUGCAUAAGGCAGGAAGACAGGCUCCAUCUCUCGUGCGAGAACAGACAACCGACAGACAGCCCGGAGCAAAACGGACAGUCAAGAGCUGACCUCACCAAUGUUGGGUCUAUUCAGUCACCUGGAUCCACAGUAUUUAAAUCGAUUUUACUCCAUUCUGCUGCUUUUGAUGCCAGUUCGCUGAAGAGCUUCGCAAGACCAACCCAAGUGUGCCGACUCACGACGCCGAGGUGAUCUAUUGAAAUUUUGAAGCAGUUUCUGGUGUACUCUAUCAGUUGCCAUGAGUGCUUUCGGUGGACCAGGCGGUGGCCAAAUAAACCAGAAGCCCAUCCCACCACAACGGGGUAGCUUUCCUCUAGAUCACGAUGGCGAGUGCAAGCAUGUCAUGACUUCAUAUCUUGCUUGCAUGAAAAAGGUCAGGGGAGUCAACGACAACGAGUGUCGUGAGUUUGCCAAGUCAUACCUGGCUUGUCGAAUGGAUCACAACCUGAUGGCCCGAGAUGAGUUCAAGAACUUGGGAUUCCAAGAUGUUAAGGAUAGUUCAAAUAAGGGCGACCCAGCGAAAAAGGGUGAGCUGCGUUGGUAGCAAACACCACAAGGCGCCCAUGUCGAUAUUUUAUUGCGUUCCAACUAUAUGGGGUUUUGCCCUCAUCAAUGGACGUACCUGUAAUACUAGGAUAUAUGUGCAUCAAAACAAUUGUUACAAUACCCAAGAUCCACACACACAUCAAAUUCACGUUGGUUGAUCGUUUGAGAGAGGUGGUCGG